AAUAAAAAAUUGAAGAGCGGAGAGAUAGGAAAAGGUCAUAUUCAAUUAAAAUCUUUAUGGCGGUGGAAGGAAUUCACUUUACCAUGCGAUAAAUUUGGGGAUGCAAAUGGUUUCAACAUUGUGAUUUCAAUCAGUCGGAGUUGUCAUCAUCGGUCGAUAGAAAUUCUUGAAUUGAGUUUUUCCUGGAGCCGGAUAGAAUAAAGAUAGAAGAGAAUGAGCAAAGAGGAAGGCGAUAAAUGGAACGGGGAUAAUCCAAGGCCGCAACCCAACAGAGGUUAUCAGGAGAAAGAAGAGGGCAUGAGGCUAUGGGGAAUUCUAGUUUUUGGGUUAAUAGGAGCCACUGUUACUACCUUCGCAGUUACCCAAUUACGAAGAACAGUUGAUUGGUUCUACUCUCAGUUGAGCAGGUCUCAAUCAUCAUGGAAGGAUGGACGCUCUUUUCGAACUAGUUUUCAAGAGGAAGCAUGGAGAAGAUAUAAUCGUCGCAUGCAAGAAGAAUAUGAAGAAGAAAUGGAGAGAGUGGAGCGAAUUCGGCGAAUGCAAAGUGUAUUCAACAGAGAGAGAAAUAAGUUUAAAAGGAGUUAUGAGAGCUGGCAAGAAAAUGGUCCAGGUGCCUACCAUCAACACUUUCAGAGGAAUGAUUGGUACUGGAAGGCAGAUACUUCAUUCAGAGAUCAUAACGGUAGUAAUUUUGGGGAAACACCUAGAGCCAAUGCAAGAGCUCCAUUAUCACAUCAUUAUUCAGUCCUUGGUCUUGACAGGCUGAGGACAAAACCUUACACAGAUGACGAGAUAAAGGUACUUGCCAAUGAGUCUAAUGUAUACAUAUCCAUACCGAUCUUAUCUGUCAGCCUUCAGAACAAAAGCAAAGGAAUUUCACCCUGAUCAGAAUCGGGACAAUAAAGAGUUUGCUGAAGCAAAAUUCAAGGAAGUUAUGGUGUCUUAUGAGGCAAUCAAGUCAGAAAGAAAGAACAGGCACCUGUAACUGUAAGAGAGCUAGAGACGUGUGGCACAUUUUCUCUUGCGGAGUUUCCAGAAACAUAUCAUUUAUCUUAUCAUGUCAUCAUAUAGAAAGAUCCUAUUAUACUUGGGGGAUACUGUCUGAGCGUCUUGCUUGUAGUAGUGUUCCCGACAGUCGGCUGGUGUUGUUUUUGGGUUGAGCUGCUAAUGUAGUUAUAGGUCUAAUUUUUGCGUUCAACCAUGUAUUUAUGUAAAAGAGAAAUAAGUUUCAAUGGCCACCGGAUUACCUCCGAAAUAA